AUAAGUGAGAAGUCAGAAACUAUCAAAGUUUCUCAUAAUAAAAAGUAAUGGUUUGAGUGUUCAAGGACAAUAGCCAUCUGACUUUGGUUAUUCAAUAUGCAGAACAGACAAGGAUAUUGCAGCUAUUGCUGUGUGCCCUAUAAUAACCUGGAACAGCAUAUAUCCAGUGAUCAGCACAGGUACUUGACCACACAGAGUAGACAAUGGAUGGCUACCACUAGUUUGAUGGAUCGUUUCUUGCAGGAUGUUCUGAGGCACCACCCAUAUCGUUAUCAAGAAAGCAGAUCAAUGCAAAAUGAGAGACUUCAUAUGACUACUGUGUCACCUUCUGGAGUGGUUCCGAAUGAUGAUUUUGUUCCUGAAAUAAUGACUGAGGAUGCUACUGGAGUCAGAGAAGAGAUGUCUUCCAAGGCUUCUGAACCUGUUGAAGAGCUGUAUUCUAAACCUAGUAAAUCUCAGGAAUAUAUACAGAGUGUUUCAAUUCGGCCAUCGGUUAUUCAAAAACUGGAGAAAGGACAGCAGCAGCCCUUGGAGUUCAUUCAUAAAAUUGGGAGCCAUAUGAAAGAAUUUAACCCAGUUGGUAUUGGUCAUGCUACAAAUAAUAGACAAAACGUAAUAUAUUCAUCAGUGGUUUCUAAUGCUCCUGUUAGUUGUUUACCUGAAAGUUCUCAUGAAAGACCAGUUACAACUAAUGCUACUACUGGGUUACCACUAGGAUCCCAUUUGGAUUCAGUUAACAAAUGUGACCCAAACAAAGUUGACAAAUACUUUAAACAGCUAGACAGGGGCUCUAGAAACCCUGUGCUAUCAUCCCAUCCAGAAACUUCUUCAAUAACUUAUCAGAAACCUAAAGAAUCAAACAGGAAAUCUUUAUGUAUAAAUUCAGAUAAAUUGGUUAUACAGGAAGAUGUGAAAUCUCAGGGUAAAACUUUGUCAACUGGCUCUAAAGUCCAUGAAUUUGUGGGUGCUGAAGGCUUCUUAAAAUUGGAAUCUCUUUCCAGAUUUACAGUAAACCCAACAGUCAACCUGAAUAAAACUGACAUGCCUUCUAAUAAAGGAAUCUUUGAAGAUGGCAUUCCAAAGCAUCAUGAGAAAUUCUUUCCUAAUAUGGAUCAUACCCAAGAAGGAAAGCAUUUGGUCUUUAACAAGUCAGCCUUCUUGGAACAGAAGAUCUCAGUGAGUUCUGAAAUGAAGUUUGCUGGUGGCUAUCUUCAGUCAGCAUCUGAUCACCAUGAAGAGGCUGUGCCAGACCUUUGGAAGGAGGAGCAAAUUGACCAAGAAGAUAAGAACUGUGAAUCAAGAGGUUCUGAAAUGAGUUCUGAUGGCAGUUCCUCUUUUUAUUCACUGACGGACCAAUCUAAAGUGACUGCCAAAGAAAUAAACCUCUUAAAGGAAGUACAUGCUGACUUGCAGUAUAAGAACAAUAAAUCUUGUGUUUCUGAAAUAAGCUCUGAUUAUGAUGGCUCCCUUCAGUUGACUUCCAACCAAACUCAAGUAAUUGUUAAAGACGUAAGUGUUCAGAAGGCAAUGCAUAUUAGGCUGGUUGAUGAAAGCUAUGAAUCUAGUGAUUCUGAGAUGAAUUUUCAUGGUGAUGCCUCACUUCAGUCAACUGAUAACUACCCCCAACAGCGUGAAAAAGAAGUAAACCUUCCCAAGGGGGCACACGUUGGCUUGGUUGAUAUGAACUAUGGAUCUGGUAGCUCUGAAAUAAGUGCUGAUUCUGUUUUCUCACGUCAGUCAGUGGUUGACCAAUUCCCAGUGGCUGUCACAGAAACAAAACUCUGGAAGAAGGUUCACAUUAGCUUGGUUGAUAAGAACUAUGGAUCGAGUUGUUCUGAAACAAGUUUCGACUGUGAUGUUUCUCUUCAGUCAGUAGUUGACCAUCCUCAACUGGCUGUCAGAGAAAGAAACCUGGAGCAUAGGCUUGUGUAUCUGAAAGAUAAGGAUCGUAAGCCUAGUAGUGCUAAAGCACAUCUUGAUUGUGAUGUCUCUCUUCAGACCAUGACUGAUGAACCUCAGAGGGCUGUUGAAGAAAUCUAUCUUCUGAAAGAGAAGAAUAACAUUGUGGAUAUGAACUGUGGGUCUCAUGGUCCUGAGAUGAAUUUUCAUCUGAUGAAAACAGAUGCUAAGUUAGUGCCUGACCAAUCCCAAGUGGCAGGUAAAGAAGUAAACGCUCAGGAAGUAGCUCUUGACCUGGAGAAUAAGAGUGUUAAAUCUAGCAUUUCUGAUCUAAGUUUUGAUUCUCAUGCUUCUCUUUAUCGAUCAGCUAAUGAUCAACCUCAGGGGGAUUGUGGUGAAAUAAAUCUGAAAGCGUUAAGUGUUGAUAUGGAAGUUAAGAGCUAUGGGUGCUCCAGUUCUGAGUUGAGUUUUGAUUCCGAUCCUCCUCUUAUGUCAGUUACUGAGUAUACUGAGCUGGAUGUUGAAGAAAUAAGAAAGAAGCACGUUAACCUGGAAGAUGAGAGCUUUGAGUCAAUUAGCUCCAAAAUAACUUUUGAUUCUGAUAUUCCUCUUCACUCAGUAGUUGACCAAUCUCAAGUAGCCAUUUAUGAGGAGGAGUCUAUUGAUCUGGGAAAUAAGAGUAAUGAAUCUUGUGUUUCUGAAAUAACUUUUGAUUCUGAUAUACCUCUUCAUUCAGGGAUUUAUCAACCUGAAGUAGCUGCUAAAGAAACAUUCAUUCAGAAAGAAGAGUAUAUACACUUAGGAGGGAAGGAUGAUGAACCCACCGGUUCUGAAAUAAGUUUGGAUUCUUAUAUCCCUUUUCAGUCAGUGGUUAACCAUCCAGAAGAAGCUGUUAAAAAGCUAAAUCCUCAAAAAGAAGAGUGGGCACCCUUAGAAAAUAAGGAAAAUGAACCUUGUGGUUCUGAAUUAAGUUUUGAUUAUGAUGUUUUCCGUUCAGUGACUGGAUGUUCUGAAGAUCCCAUUAAAGAAAGAAACCUUCUGAAAGAGGAGAUUAUACACUUAGAAAGUAAGGGUAAUGUACCUGUUGUUUCUGAAAGCAGUAUGAAGUCUGAUAUUUCUUUUCAUUUAGUGACUGAUCAUCCUGGCAUAGCUAUUAAAGAAGUAAACCAAAAAGAAGAAUAUGUAAAUUUAGCAGAUAAAGGUAAUGAGUUAAGUGUUUUUGAAACAAGUUUGGAUUCCAAUAUCCCUCUUCAGUCAGUGAUUCACAAACCUGAAGUGGUUGUUAAAGAACUAUGGCUUCAAAAAGAAAAGCAUGCUAAGUUAAAAGGUAAAAGUGCUAAAUUCAGUGGUUCUGAAAUAAAUUUAGAUUCUGAUUAUUCAAUGACUGAAACUCAAAUAGCUGUUAAAGAAAUAGAUGUUCAGAAAGAAAAACGUGUUGUUCUAGAGAUCAGGAGUGAUAAAUAUAGUGGUUCUGAAAUAGCUUUGGACUCUGAUGUCCCUCUUCAGUCAAUGAAUGAAAAACCUCAAAUAACCAUUUUAAAGGAGGACCAUGUUGACCCAGAAGAUGAAAGUACUGUACCUAGAGGUUUUGAAAAAAAUUUGGGUACUGAUACCCCUCUUCAUUCAGUCAUUGACCAACCUCGACUAGCCCUUUUGAAGGAAAAACAUGUGGAUCUGGAAGAUACAAACAAUGAAUCUAGUGAUGGUAAAAUAGCUUUUCAUUCUGAUGACCCUCUUCAGCCAUUGACUGAACAAUUUCAGGAAGUGGUUGAAAAAACAAACCUGUGGAAAGAAGAGGAUAUGGGCCAGAAGAAUAAGGUUGAUGAACCUAAUGCUUCUAAAUUAAUACAUAAUUCUGAUGUUCCUCUUUUGUCUGUGUCUGAUCAACCUGAAGUAGCUGUUAAACGAAUAAACAUCAAGAACGAAGGUCAUGUGUACUUGGAAGAUAAGAACAGCCAAUAUAGUGGUUCUGAAAUGAGUUUGAAUUCUGAUCUCUUGGUUCAGUCAGUAGUUGAUCAUGCUCAGAUAACUAUUUUGGAGCAGGAGCAUACUGAGCUAGAGGAUAAGCACAAUCAAUCUUGUGGCUCUGAAAUAAGUUUUGAUUCUGUUGAUCCCCUUCAGUCAGUGGCCAACCAGCUUAGAGAAACUGUUAAAGAAGUAAGCCUUUGGAAGGAUGAAGUUGACAUGGAAGAUAAGAGAGAUGAAUCUAAGUGUUUUGAAAUUGUGUAUGAUUCUGAUGUCCUUUUUCAGUCAGUGGCUGGCCAAACUAAAGUUAAGGAGAUCAACCUUUGGGAGGAGGAUGUUGACUUGGAAGAUAAGGUGGUCAAACCUAGUGAUUCAAAAAUAAAUUUUGUUUCUGAUGAACCUCUUCAGUCUGUGGCUAAUGAAAUUCAAGAGGCUAUUCCAGAAAUAAAUCUUCUGAGGGAGGGACAUGUUUGUCUGUGUACUAAGAGCUAUGAACCCAAUGAUUCCGAAGUCAUUUAUGUUUCAAAUGCCCAUCUCCAAUCAGUGGUUGAGCAACCACACAUAUUGGAAGAGCAGAAAGCCAGUUUGGAAGAUAAGAGCAAUGAUCCUUGUGGUCCUGAAAUAAGUUUUGUUUCUGAUGAUCCCCUUCAGUUAGUGACUAGACCGCUUCAAAAAGCUGUUGAAGAAAUAGGUCUUUGGGAGGAAGGCCAUGUUUACCUGGAAAAUAAGAGAUAUAAACUAGGUGAUUUUGAAGUAAGUUAUGAUUCUGAUGUUGACUUCAUAGCUGGGCAUUCUCCUGUGGCUGUCAAAGAAAUAAACUUGCAAGAGAAGGAUCAUGACCUUCAUAAGAACUGUGAAUUUAGUGUUUCUGAAAUAAAAUGUGAUUCUGGUGUUCAUCUUCAGUUAGAAGUUGACCAACCUCAAGUGGUUUGCAAAGAAGUAAACUUUCAGAUGGAAAAGCAUCUUGGCAUGGAAGAAAGAGUCAGUGAACCUAGUGAUUCUGAAAUAAUGUGUGAUUCUGAUGUUCCUCUUCAAAUAGUGAUAAACGAACUUCAAGUGUCAGACAAAGAAGCAGAUCUUCAGAAGAUGCUAUUUGUGGACCUGAUGACCAGUGAUAACGAUUGUGAAAUGAUUUCAGAUUCUGAUGUCCAUUUUCAGCCAGUGAUUGACUCACCUCAGAUGACUGUCAAUGAAAUCAGCUGUAUAAAUGAAGAAAGUUUUGUUCCAGAAGAUGAGAACUGUGACUCUUCUGAUUCUGAACUAGGAUAUCCUCAAUCAGUGACAAACCAUUCCAAAAAGACCUUUAAAGUAGUAAACCAGAAGCAAGACUAUAUUAUUCUGGAAGAGACAAGCUGUGAGCCUUAUAUUUCUGAACUAAAUUUUCAAAUUGAUGCCUCUCAUCAGUCCAUGACUUCCCAGUCACAAGAGCCUAGGAAAAAAAAGGCCAAAUAUAUUGACCCCAAAGAUAAGAGCUGUCAAUCUAAUCAUCCUAAAAGAAAUUUUGAACGGGAGGAGACUUCUCAGCCAGUGACUCAGCAACGCCAGAAGGCUAACAAAGGAGUCAACCUUUGGAAAGAUGUCGAAAAUAUUGGCCUAAAAGAUAAGAACUGUGAAUCUAGUGUUUCUGCAGUGGAUUGUAAUGAGUCUCCUGAGUUGGUGAUUCAUCAAAUGCCUGAUAAAGAAAACCUUUUGAAGUUAAAACAUACCGAUCUAAAAAGUAUGAGCUGUGAACCUUGUGGUUCUGGGAUGAAUUUUCAAUGUGAUCCCUCUCUUCAGUCUGACAAUGACCAGCCUCAAGAAGCUGUUAAUAAAAUAGACCUAUUUGAGAAGAUGUCUUUUGACCUGAAAGAAACAAACCAUAAUUCCCAUUCAGGCUCUGUUCCCAUGGUUGAUUCUAUACGGAACCUGGAAAAAGCAAAGGAAGUCACAGAAGAUGAUCCUGAUGAACCAGUUCUUGAAGGCUUGCCUCAUGUCCCUCCUUCAUUUGUGGGGAAAACGUGGUCUCAGAUAAUGAGAGAAGGUGAUGUGAAAAUUAAUGCUCUCAUGAAGGAAUUUAAGAAAGGUCGUUUCCACUGUUACUUUGAUGAUGACUGUGAGACCAGGAAAAUUAAAAAAAAAAAAUCGAAUGAAGGAAAAAAGGUUACCUGGAGUGACCUCAAUCAGGACACUACAUCAAUUCAAGUUCUUUCGGAUUGUGAUGAUAAUGCAGGUGGUAUUUCAGAUGUUGAUGACUUUUCAGUGGCCUUAGAUAAACCUAGCCAUUAUCCUUCAGCAAAGAAGCAUUUUGAACAAACAUGCCGAGUGGCUUCUCCAUGCCAGGCUAUAAAAGUCAGCCAUGGAACUCAAACCAAUCUUGCAAGUCACCCAGGGACAAAAAGAAGAAUAACUGGACAAGAGAAAGACUCUCCAGUAAGGAAGCGUUUACUUUUACAGAAUGACAGAAAAACAAGAAAGAAAGUAAAAAUUGGAAAAGUUGAAUUUCCUGAGUCCUGUAUUACAGUUUUGAAGCCUUUGCAACCAAAUGCCUUAAUUUAUGUUCUUUCUUCAAAUAUUAAGCUGAAGAAAGGUGAAUCCAACAACUUCUCUAAACGGAGGCAUGGUAGUAGAAAUAAUUGGGAUCUUAGCAUACAGUACAAAUUUAACCAGAGUUCCUUUAAUUGUUAUGACCCAUUGAAUAAACAGAUUGUAAUUGAUCCUUCUUUGAACAUAGAAGUACCAGGGCCUGACAAGAAUAACUGUGUGGAAAUUCAUUUUAGCCACCUAAAUUCUAAUGCAGGAGAUGAUGAUACUUAUGUACAAAGCUCUGCUUCAGCACCUUUUAUGACAGUGUCAGUAGGACGUGAAUUAAUGGCACAUCAGGAGGCCAGUGAAUCUGUGUUUCUGGAAAAAUCCAAGAUUUUGAAUUCUAGUGAGGUUUCAAAAGAAAGUAAUUUCCAGUCAACUCUUUUAAAUCAUGAUGUUGCCAAAAUUUCUCUGAAAUCAAUUAGAAAUAAGUUUUUGGAAAGUAAAAGGAAAAUUCAGAGAAGGAAGGUGACAACUAAUAAUAAGCCAGGUUUUCCCAAAGAAGAUUGUAGACCAGUUAUUCCCCAGCAAAAAACCAGAAUUGCUUCAGAAAAACGGUCCAUUUGGAUUCAGACCAAACUAAGUGAUAUAAUUAAAAAGUAUAUUCCAAAAUACUCUGUGUUUUUGCGUCACAAAUAUUGGUCCAGGAGCACUUUCGUUAGGAUGCAUCUUAAGAAGAAAAAAUCUGAUGUCAGUAGGUUAAAGAAGGCAAAGAGACCAGCUAAAAUUCUUUCAAAUGCCUCGAUUCCAUCAGCUGGAGCUGAAGAGCAGUCAAGAGCUAUAGCAAGCUCUUCUCCCAAGCAACCUGUGCGGGGCUCUUCUGUCGUUGCAGGAAGUAAGAAGAAUGGUAAUAAAAAACGCCCUAGAAGACAACAGAGAAAACCUUCUAGACCUGUUAGAACAUAUGCUUUGAGAAGUUUGUAUUCUGGUGUACCAUAUUCUGAUAGAAUGAGGACACGGCUCUCUAACAAAUUGUGAGGUAAUGAGGUAAACUAGAGGUGUUUCUAUUAAGGGCUAGUUGAGGAUUCAGUACUUCAAUUGAAAAUAUAUUUGGUACCUAGUGUACAUAGCUUUCCUAACUUUGGUGAAAAAAAUGCACCUUCAACUAUUUUGCUAUAGACUUAUUUUUCAGAACUUUUAUAUUAAUUUAAAGUUAGUGUUUAGGGUCCUUUUUUUUUCAAAUUAAAAAACUUCCUUUGUCCAUUUGCUGUGGAAAAGCUUCAUCUUAAUUUAUAUCACAUAAUUUAGCACAGUAUAUACAACUUUCUCCCUCAAAUCAUGUCCCUCUUACUUAUUUUUUAUGAUUGUAUCUCUCAUGUCAGCAGGUUAUAUUAUUGCAAAAAUGGAUGUGGCAAACAUAAAAUGCUUUUACUUUUUAAAAAUUGGAACAAAUGAAUAUGUAGUUAUUUUCUGUGUGUUUUAGAGUGGCAUUGUCAAUAUCAUAUCCUAACUGGAUAAUUAAAAAGAAGAAACUCUAAUAGAUUAUCUCAGCUUUUGAGUGGGAUUAACCUAAAUAAUCACACACAAAAUAUAAUUUAUCUUUCUUUUAAAAGCAUUCCAGAGAAUGAGAUUUCAUAAACUUUAAUCCAGUUUAAAAAACUGCCUGGUGAUUUUACAUACAUAACACAAACUCUUCCUUCUUCAUUUAAACUGAAUCUGCAGGUAUCUAACUUUCCUCAUUUGGACACAUGCGUACAUGCAAUCUCUGCAGGUUUUUCUUUAGCAUUAUUAGACCUUAAGGGGAAAAUGAUCUUGCCAGUGUGAUUAUGCUUUUCUACCACCUUUUUUCCCCUCCACCUGAAGGGUUGGUGGUUUAAUGUGAGAAUCCAGUUAUCUUAUGGCCUUAUCUCUUAAAAAUAUUUUAGAUGUUUCCAUAUCCUUUUUAAUAGCUUGAACUGAAAUGACUGGUUUGGUAAUUUGGGCAGAUCAUUAAUUGUUGUUAUUAAUAAGUUAUAAUCUUAAUAAUUCAAAAGAUCUAAUAAAAACUGAUAACUUAAGUGGCGGCCCAUUUUGCAAGUGAAAAACUGAAUUUGUGCAUUGGUUUGGCUUUACUUCAAUUUGCUAACUGAUUUUGGUAGUUCACAUAAAAAUGUCAAGAUAUGCAGUUUAGGUCUGAGGUACUCAGAAAAUCUUUAGAUCCUUUAUUCAGGGAUACUGGUUGAGCUGGUACAGAUAAUUAUCCUGUUAAGCCAAGGAUCCUGGAUCCUUUUCUAUCACUGAUGUUAAAGGGAAACAUGAAUUUCAGCUACUACAUUGUAUAAACCAUAUUUUAUUGAAACUAGAUCAGUGUACCAUGAUUUCAGAGAUAAAAAUUUGUUAUCUUAGAAUUAAGUAUAGUGUAACAGUUGGUUUCUAAAUGUAGUUUUAUUUCAGGGGCCAUUAUUGAACCUGUGGGUAUGUUAUGGUGUAAUGUUGUAAUUUCUGUACUUGUAAAUUUAAAACAGUAAUGAUAUUGAAAAAAAUGGACAAAUGUUUAUAUUUUUAGUUCCAAAGCAACUUCAACUUUGCCUCAUAUACAAAUAUUUUAAUUUUCUUUCUUAAAAUAUCUGUAAACCACUAGUUUAAUCCUCCAAUCUGAAUUUAGAAAGAAAACUGUCCUACUGAUUAGGAAGUAAACAAGCAGCUAAUUCAUAAAAAUAUUCUCUUUGUGGGUAUUGUUUUUUUUUUCCUUGUGAAGUAGACACGUAAUUCCCUUGAGUAUUGUUGGUAGGCAUUCUGCCAUCUUUUAGUGUCAGUUUAAAAGCAAGAGAUCAUACGGAAAAAACGUACCAUGUAAUUAUGAUGUAUCAUAUCUAUUGUGAUUACAUCGUGCACAGAGAAUAGUUCUUAUAAUUCAAGUGAUAAAAACUUGAAAAAAAAUACCACCUUUUUCACAUUGGAAACUUCCAAGUACCAUUUUUUUUUUAGAGGAAAAGGUUUAUAUCUGAAUUAUAUUAAAGUAUAAAAUAGUCCUGAUGAUUUUUUUUAAACAUUUUGGAAAUGUUUACUAAGUUCCUAUAAUCAUUAUUAUUUUAGACAGGCUUGAAAACUUGAAAUUGUAAAAGUUAUAAUUGAAAUUAAAUAAAUAGUGAAUAACUUUCAGAAUUUGGUAGGAUACAAGAGUGCCCCUUUGUCAAAAUUUGUUUUGGCUUAAUUUGCAUAUUAGGUAAAAAUUGGAUGUUUUUUGUGUAUUCAAGUAUGCAUUAAAUUCUUUCAAUAGUAAAAAAUCAAAUUAUAACCAUAGUGAAUAUUUUUAUUAAUCUUGUCCUUGUUCAGUAUCUUGCAUAGAUGUUUACUAUAAUUGUUCCAAAUUGUGCAGUAUGUAGACAACGUUGUGUGAAGUGUGUUUUGGAUUUGUGCAUUUAACUUUUUUGUGUAACUAGGGCUCUGAGUGACAGGUUUUUUUGCUAAAGAGAAACUAUAUUUAAAUAUUCAAAUAAUUAUAUAUUUCCAUGUAAAACUAAUGUGAAGAGUAAUGUAUUUUUUAUAAUGCAAUUUAAAGAGUAAGUUUGUUUUCAAAGUUAUCAAGAUAAAAUUGAUCAAAGAAUUGAAAUUUGCCUCUACUUUCUCUUCAUGUUAGGAACUUUAUCUGGGAAUACUUAAGGAAUCAUAGAUUAAUGAAAACAGAAGUUCAUUUUAUAAAUGGUCCUAGAGAUAAUAAAUAGGGAAAUAUAAAUGUUGAUGCUGGUGAGAAAAUAGUUUAACCAAAGAUAUGCAGGUUAUGUUCAAUGAAGUAGUUAUUUCAAAGGAUUAAAAUUAAACAACUGUUUCUUUGGUGGAGUGGUGGGUUAGCAACUUUUUACUUUGUAUACCUGUAUUGGAAGAGUCAGUGAACAGGACUGAGUUCAGGAGGCAGUAUCUAUAUCAUUAUUUGACACCUACUGGAAGAGAGAACUUUGGUGCCUCCAAUACCAUAGCGUAUGUUUUAAAGAACGAGAAAACAUGGAAGAGUGUAUCUGUGUCAGUGAGGUCAGUGCCUUUGGCCUCAGCAGUAUUGACUUCUAGAGUUUUUUGGUCCAGGAUUAUAUUGUUAAGAUGAACAACAGACUUCUCUUUAUAUAAAAAAGUUAAUAGAGUAAAAAUGUAAGAUGGAAGCUCAUUUUCAAUAAAGGACUUUUAUGUAUAGAAAAAAAUGUGGAAAUAUGUGAAAAAUCAUGUAAUUAGGAAAUUACACAUCAAAAUGUCAACGUAAGAAGAUUACAGGCUGAGGAGGAGUCUCAACAUUUCCUUAUACUUCAUUGAGACCGUAAAUAGUAGGGAAGUAACAGUAUAUUUAAUGUUUCCUUUGUUCUUCUUAUACUUGAUUGUACAAUACAUAUUUAAAAAUUUCUCCCAAAGUAUUUUAAAUUAUUUACCUUGACUAAGGAGUUGUCUAGGAUGAACUAUAGUUUGCUGCUGAAUCUUUGAAGCAUGAACUUUCACUUUUCUCUAUGUUUAUAAUUUAUUACAUGCAUGUUGCUUUUUUCAUGCAUUUUAUUUUCUGAAUUUUUAAGCUGGACAUGUAUGUGUACAUGUUGAGCCCUCACUAAGUACCAGGCAUUGUUCUAGACUUUUAACCUGUAUUAUCUCAUUUGAUUUUCAAAGAGCCCGUUUGAGUUAGGCACUAUAGUUGUGACUAAAUAGUGGAUGAGAAAAUUAAGGCAUAGAGCCUCAAUUUUGGGAUUACAAAUGAAUGUUGACUGUAAUCAAAUGGGGACUACAGAUAAUCCCCAUUCCCAUCCCCAGUCCCAGGCCACCCCUAAUCUACUGUCUGUCUUUAUAGUUUAGCUUUUUCUGGACAUUUCAUAUAAAUGGCAUCAUACAAUAUGUUGUCUUUUGUGUCUGACUUUUUUCAUUUCCCAAAAUGUUUUGGAGGGUCAUUCAUGUAGCAUGUAUCAGUAUUUUCUUCUUUUUUAAAUUGCUGAAUAGUACUUAUAAUUAGUUUUUAAUGAAGCUGGUAACAGAACACUGGUCUUCUGAUGACAAAUAUGAUAAAAACUGUUAGGUUUGAGGCUAGAUGUUCCUUUAUGCCUCUCAUACCUGUUAUCCUCGAUCACUACCCCAAAUCCACGACCACCUGGAUAUCUGCCUUUGUGAGUGCUCUUAUUGCAUACUUGAAUGCUUUAUGCUUCCUCUGUCUUUGACUCUUAUUUCCUUUAGUGACCAUCUUGGCAUUCUUUUCACUGUGCUUUGUGAAUUUUCAUUUUCAGUGUCAACACAUUACUCUGUGUUCCCAAUCCUUUCAUUUUGAAUUGCUUGCAAGUGAUCAAACUGAGAUUCAUAUUCAAGUUGCCUAUUAUUCUAACCUACAUGAGCAGUAAAGCCAGGAAUUGUUGAUGAUGUACAGGUCAUAGUGAAAGUUCUGGUUUAAAAUUACUGUACUACAUAACCACAGUGUACAUCAUCAAAAUCAGGAAAUCAAUAUUGAUAUAAUACAACCCUCUACUCCACAGGCCUUGUUUGGAUUUUACAGAUUGUUCCAAAAUAUUCUCUAUAGGUCCAGGAUUAAAUUCAGGAUCACAUACUGUCGUGAUUCUAGUUUCCUUCAGUAUGGAGCCGUUCCUCAGCCUUUAUUUUUUAUAACUUGACAUUUUGAAGUGUACAAACAAGUUUCUUUGUGGAAUGUCCCUCAGUUUGAGUUUGUGUGAUGUUUCUUCAUAAUGCUUUUCUUUGCGGGGGCAGGGCAGAAAUUCUGUGGACUUCUCAGUGUAUCAUAACAGAAGCCAUGUGAUGUCAAUUUGAAUAAAU